AUGACGGCCAUUUACAAUUCAACAAUUGAUGUCGACGAAGACACUGGAAUAACCUCGCCAAAUUUUCUGCAGCGUUUUGCCCGUCAGUACUGGUCAAUCCAUGGUUACCUGAGUUUGGUAGUCUGCACAUUUGGCAUACUUACCAACAUCGUCAACAUCAUCAUUCUUACCGAGAAGAGCAUGCGCACUUCUAUCAAUUGCAUCUUGACAGGGAUCGCCAUAUCGGACAUUCUGACGAUGAUGUCAUACAUGCCAUUUGCCAUUCAUUUUUAUAUUGAGCAUAGUCUGGUGGUUACCCCCGAAAAAUACACGUAUGGGUGGGUAACGUUUCUUGUUUUCCACAUCAACAUUACCACAACAACGCACACGAUAUCGAUUUGGUUGGCUGUUUUUCUCGCUAUCCUCAGGUAUACGUUCAUAUUGUCGAAGGGACGAGGUGAAAGAAUACCAAAUACCCAGAACACUACGCUCAUUGUAUGUCUUAUCUAUGCUCUUUCGUCGAUUUUCAACAUCCCACAUUAUCUGACCAAUCGCGUAGUUGUGCGACCACAAGACGAAUUCAACGAAACAAUCUAUGGCUUGGGUGACGUGGGCAUUGGCAAUAAAGAUUCACGACCGACAACAUUGGCACUUAUUAACUUCUGGUCUUAUGCUAUUAUCGGGAAGCUUUUACCUUGCGUCUUAAUCACAAUAUUCGGUGGAUUACUUCUUCACACACUACAAGAAACUAAAGAGCGCACGAAAAUUCUACGAAGUUCGUCUGUCGAGCAAAGAGUACGUCAACAUUCUCGGACAACGCGCAUGUUAUUGGCCAUCAUUGUAUUGUUUCUGAUUACGGAACUGCCACAAGGAAUCCUCAUUGUCAUCAGUGGAAUCGUCGAUGGCUUCUUCCUUAACGUCUACAUUCUACUCGGUGACGUCAUGGAUAUUAUUGCAUUGGUCAACAACGCUAUCAACUUCUUGUUUUACUGCACUAUGAGUCAGCACUUCCGGAACAGUUUCGUUGACUUGCUGCGUUCGUCACUCAAGGCGUGUUUCCGCUACUCGUUCCGGUCGGACGAAAUCGGAAAAUCAACUUCGGCAUCAAUGGUCUGA